ACCGCAUCCCCUGAAGGUUGAGAGAGGACAGAUAUUUUUCACGUGCAGGACGUGAACGCAAUGCGAACUUAAAACUCCUCAUCACUACUGCUGCUAACAAGCUAACGGUUAAGGUCUCCUCGCCAACAUUUAAACAAACUUGAAACGAUUAUCGACCAUGUCCCAGACUAUCCCUCCGAUUCUCUCCGUCCUCCCCACUCGGGCUCUGGUUGAUGAGAAGUUCAAGGUGUUGGUGGAGAAUCUGCCUGCAGGAUCUCCAGUAACUCUUCACUCCCUCCACCAUUCCGAGGACAAGGACUACUGGGAGGCGUAUGCCCACUACAUCAGUGACCACAGAGGAACAGUGUCUGUUGCAGAGGAUUUGAGUUUUGGCGGGACAUACACAGGAAUAGAGCCCAUGGGUUUGUUGUGGAGUAUGCGUCCUGUCCCAGGCAGCCGAACAGGUCUCAGGUUGAGAAAGAUGGACGUCCGUAGCCCCAUGCUGGUCAACAUCUCGGUCUACAGCGGACACAUAGCUGAGGGCUUCAGGGAGCAGCCUCCUCUGGCCUCGGUGCUCACUGAGAGAUGGUACAUGGCUCCAGGGGUCCGGAGGAUCGAUAUCAAGGAGAAAGGAGUGCGAGGGACCCUGUUUAUACCUCCAGGUCCAGGACCCUUCCCUGGGCUGAUGGAUAUGUGGGGAGGCGGUGGAGGGCUGUUGGAGUAUCGUUCGGCCUUGUUGGCGUCCCGUGGUUAUGUGUCUUUGGCGCUAGAGUAUUUCUCCCCCGGUGAGCUGCAGUCAGCAGACCUAGAGUUCAAAUAUUUUGAGGCGGCGUUUAAUAUCGUCAAGGAUCAUCCUCAAGUGAUCCCAGACAGAGUUGGACUUUUUGGUCUUUCCCUCGGGGCAGUCGUGACCAUGUGUUUGGCAGCUGAGAGCACCAUUACCAAGCCUCGGUGUUGUGUUUGUGUCAGCGGCAGCCACAUUUUUCCACGUGGGGAAACCCUCAGCGGAAUCCAUAAACUGAUGGCCAGGAAUUCUCACAAGGCACGUGUGGAUGAGAACAACCAUCACAUAUGGCGAGAUUUAAAUCUACCAAUUACCAGUGACCUCUCUAUGAAAGUGGACGUGAGAAGAAUAAACUGUCCAAUGUUGCUGGUCAACGGUCAUGACGAUCAGAACACACCCGCAGUGGAGUCUGCUGAGGAUGUCGCCCAGAUGAUGCAUGCAGCAGGGAACGAUCACCUGCUGACCAGACUACAUUACCCUGACACUGGACAUCUGAUUGAGCCGCCCUACUCGCCUCACUUCAGAGCUACUAACUUCAUAAUGGAAAGCACAAAAGCCAAAGAUGAAAUGCAUCAGAAACACGUGAUACUGUUAAAGUGGAAUUUCAGCAAGGAAACGUAGCUGCAAGCGUGCAAGAAAUAUCAGGGUGGCAGCUCACCAUCGUCCCUGUGUAGGCAGAUCAAUCCGUCUUAAAGGGUCCUUGAAUGAUCAUUUGUUGGCAAGUAGCUCAGAAUGUGAUCAGAAGAUGAUUUAAUGAAGAAGUUGAAUUUGCAUGAAAGUUAAAUUGAUUUCAUGGAGCAGAGGAUUGUGGCUUUUCCAAAGUUGGAAAAUGUCUGUCAUCUGUAAAACUGGACAACAUUAAAAAGUUUACGUUUUUUAGGUUAUAAUUGUUAUUUUAAUGGCAUUUGAUGACUGUAUUUUCACUGUAUAACUGAUUCUACAGGAUCUCCUUGACAAAUUUCUUUACAAACCCUCUUAAAAAGUGAAAUCCUUUACAUAUAUUACAAUGAUAAACAUGAGUUUCCAAGUGAGGUCCCACAAGGAAAUAAUUUCUGCAGCAAUUUUCACACUUGCGCCACUUUAGGCAGUGAGUCUACAGUACAACUUUUACUACAGUAAGUUAUUGCUGUUGUUUCAAAUGUGUUUUGCGUCUUCAACUGAACUUAAACCUGCAUUAACUGAAGCAGAAUGUAUCUGCUGGGGACUAGUGUGACAGAAUGACACUCAGAAUUACAGGACUUUGCAGCCCUGAUGUCAAUGUACUUUAUUCUGCCUUAUACAUCCAAUAGAAUCCUCCAGCUGCGUUUAUUUAAGGUUUUAAUAAUCUGUAUUUUCAGACUGUUUUAGCAGAAUCUUCUCUCAAAUAUAACAUUGUGUG